AUGUUCAUGGCAAGGUCAGAAUACGAUCGGGGUAUCAACACCUUCUCCCCGGAAGGCCGUCUCUUCCAAGUCGAAUACUCCCUCGAAGCCAUCAAGCUCGGCUCCACGGCCAUCGGCGUAGCCACCUCAGAAGGUGUCAUCCUCGGCGUCGAGAAGCGAGUAACCUCCACCCUCCUCGAAACCUCAUCCGUCGAGAAGAUUGUCGAGAUUGACCGCCAUAUUGGCUGCGCCAUGUCCGGUCUGCAGGCCGAUGCUCGCUCCAUGGUCGAGCACGCCCGCGUCGAGUGCCAGAGCCACGCCUUCAACUACAACGAGCCCCUGGGCGUAGAGAGCUGCACCCAGGCCAUUUGCGACCUUGCAUUGCGAUUCGGAGAGGGUGCUGACGGAGAGGAGACCAUCAUGAGCAGACCAUUUGGUGUGGCCCUGCUGAUUGCUGGCUUUGAUGAGCAAGGACCUCAGCUGUUCCAUGCCGAGCCCAGCGGAACAUUCUAUCGUUAUGAUGCCAAAGCUAUUGGCUCGGGCUCAGAGGGUGCUCAAGCAGAACUCCAGAAUGAAUACCACAAGGUUAGUGUGCCUACUGACUACACCCAUUCCGCCCGCCUGUCUCUCACAAUCACGGAUGCCGAAACUUUGGUUUUAAAGACAUUGAAGCAAGUCAUGGAAGAGAAACUGGAUGCCAAGAAUGUUCAGUUGGCUAGUGUUACCAAGGAAAAGGGCUUUAGAAUAUAUUCUGAUGAGGAGAUGGCAGCAGUUGUGGAGAGGCUGCCUGCAAACUAA